UCUUCAACCCUGGUUAAAAUUUUGAGCUAUAAAUACCCCCACAUUAUCCUCACCUUGUUCACUCUAUUAAGCAAAACCAAAACACACAGUCAAGGGUGAGAGAGAGUCGACUGCGCGGGAGAGUCUUCUGCUGUACAGCAACAAUUUUGGUCAAGAUUUUGUUGUUCUUUGGUAUAAGAUUAGGCUGCAAUGUGUCCUCCGGCAUCUGUCCCUGUUGCAGCUGAAAUUGGUGAAAAUUGGACCGAUGAAGGGAUCUUUACGUCUUUGUCGAACUUCAAAAAUGGAAGUCCUCUGCCCUCGAAUGUAACUUCUGAUGUAAAUCCUUACCACUAUAGGCCCUCGGAUCUACCUGCCGACUUGUGGUACUUCUGCUCUUGCGUAAAAAAGGAUGCAAAAUGCGGAUUCUGGGUGGAAACAGGGGAUGCUUGUGAAGUGGUCUCUAACUCUACUAUUCUUGGUUCGAGAACCACCCUUCAAUUUUACGAAGGCCAGGCCCCAUAUGGACGAAAGACUGAUUGGGUGAUGCAAGAGUACAGGAUAACCGAAAAGUUCAAAGACAACUUAAAGGAUCAUAGAGCAUUAUGCAGAGUGUUCUUGGCUGAUGAUAAUAGACCAUUCACUGGCCACAGCAUUGCUAACAUUGAUGGCAAAAUCUGCAUUAAUUUGGACCCAAAGACAGUUUCACAUGUGAAUACCAGAGAACAAAUUUCUACCAGUGAACUUUUGGAAAACAAGACAGGGAUGAGCAGUAGGAGAUCUCAAGAUUUUCUUGAGAACUCCUCUGAAAUGGAUUGUCUUUUGAGGGGAGAUUACUUUGAGUUGAACGAUCUUAUCGAUCCUGGAUACCAUUCCUCAAGUUCUGCUAAUUCUAGCUGCUUAACCAUGACAUCAGAUGAAUACUUUGAUUCAAUCGCCCUAUUGCAAGAGCUAGAGGAUGAUAUUAAAGAUCAAGAAAUGAAAGAUUCAAGUCUCAAGUUCUAUCUUUCUACGACUGUAAAGUCCAAAGGAGUGGUCAUAGUCCCGCCCACUUCAGUGUCGGUUGGAAACGCCGAAGAGUGCAAAGCUUUUGAUCAAAAGGCCUCCAAAGUGGAUGAAAGGAUCGGGAGCACUUCAAAUGGCGUUAACGCGACUGCAUCUUCGAGUGAUCCUGAAGGUACAUCCAAAGAGGGAAAGAAAGAGGAUGUCGGUAGGACGAAGAAGCGUAAAAUGAUGAAGUAUUUAUGUUUUAUGGCAUUUUGAGUCAUACAAGUAAUGUAUUAAUAGAAAGAAGACACCAUGAGGGAUACAGAUUGAAUCCAGUUGGUGAAAUGAGGUGGGGGUUUUUGAUACUGAUACUAAGAGGAAGAGAGUAGGGGUGGCAAGAUUUUCAUUUGUGUUGUAAAUUAACAUGUAAAUAAGAUUUUCAUUAGUCGGCUCGCAUAGCGGGUUGAAUAUCUAAGUUAAUUAAAAAAAACAUUUAAAUAGAAGGGGGGGGGGGGGUGAGUGUGUAAAUUGAGAUGGAAAAUUAUCACUACAUUUAUAAAAUAGUGACUUUUAUUCACAUA